AUGAAAAAUAAAAUAUCAAUUGGUAUAAGUCGCUUAUUUUCAAUAAGAGACAGUAUUGAAUUAAAUGAUAAUCAAGAAAGUUAUUGGUUUCAAUAUUUUGUCGGAUUUAUGGCGAGCUUAGCAAUGUUAAAUUGUGGAGUACAAUUAACAUGGUUUGGACCAGCAGUAAUAAUACUACAAGAUGAAGAAUUAUCACCAAUUGAUGUUGUGACAAAUACUGAAGCUUCUUGGAUAUUUAGUUUCUUACAAGUGGGAGCAUUACCCGGUUCUCUAUUUGGAUCAUACCUAGCAAAUAAAUUUGGUCGUAAAAAUACGUUAAUAUUUACAAUAAUUCCUACUGGUUUAUCGCAUCUUCUAAUAAUAUUCGUGGAAAAUGUAUAUAUGUUAUAUGUAGCACGCAUUUUUGCUGGAUUAAGUGUAGGUAUUACAAUGGUUGCUUUACCUACAUAUCUAACAGAAGUAUCAUCACCAAAAAUACGUGGAAUAUUAGGAACAUUUACUUUAAUUGGAUCGGCAUCCAGUUGGAUUCUUCAGUUUAUUAUACAGCCAAUUAUGACAUUACAAUUAAAUAGUAUUAUAAUUUUUUCAAUCAGUUUUGUACAGUGUUGCGUUGCUUUAUAUUUUUUGCCAGAAACACCACACUAUUAUAUAAUGAAAGGUAAAGUGGAACUGGCAAAAAAAUCAUUACAAAAACUACGUCAACGAGAAAGUUUAUAG